GUCGAGUCGACUACAAUGGCGUCCUCAUCUUCGACCGACAAGCAGUUAGUGUCAGAAGGCAAACUGAAGUUCGCCACUGCAUGGAGCGACAUUAAGUUUUCAGUGGACUUGUCGGAUGCCGUGCCAAGGGAACUCUACUUCUUGCGACUCGUUGAUCGAAACGGUUCCAUACUUUACAACGAAGAAUACGUCAAGAAUUCGAUCAGGCGGUAUGAGCAGUGCUGGCUGCCACUUAUGGCAAAAGUGCAAAACAAAAAUAUAAUUCCGCCGCUGGACGUACACUGGAUAUGGCAUACGCACAUGCUGGCGCCUCAGUACUAUUUCGACGACUGUUUGAAACUCGUUGGUACGGUUGUCGACCACCGCUUGUUCAGUUCGGACGAGAUACAGCAGCGUUUCGGUGACUCGUACUCGCUGUGGACCUCCUAUCAUCCGUCUGAGCCGUACGACUUCGCGUCGGUGGUAGUCAAUCGGUGUUCACGGAGCUUCACCUCCAGGCUGGCGUACGACCUCUGCGCUGCCAGCCGCCGGCAACAGGACUUCAAUUACCAAGUUUCAUUGCCUCACUUCAACUCGCCGAAGUUCAUGGCCGAGGCCAUCGAGCGCUACAAGCGAUUCGUGUUCCUGAAGGCGAUGCGUCCGAACGACUUCCUGACGCCGCUCUAUGACUUUGACAUCGUCUGGCAUGCUCAUCAGGUGCAUCCGGUUGCCUAUGCGGAGGACACGAAGCGAGUUAAGUACUUUCCCGAGAAACCGUAUUUCCGGCAGGGGUGUAUGUACAGAGGACAUUCGGCGCCAGAGCUUCUCGGCUUCAGCGCGCAGGACUUCUCGUGCAUCACCAACUGCAGGGUGAAUAUCUCCAGCAUAUCGCUGAAGAUCCUGCCAACGAUUAAGAAGUCGGUGCGGCUGAACCUGCACUACGGAUCGAAGAAGGUCGCCGAGUUACCGGUGGAGUUCGACGAAAAGUUCGCCAGUCACCAAGGUCGACGUGAGCUGGUUCUGGUUUGGGAAGCGGACCCUUCGUCGGGCAGAAUGAGUACGGUCGAGUUCGACGUCGACCUGAACAAGGAGAAGUACAUUUUCGCUUCGGUCGAACUGUACGAACGCAGCUUCCUGCUGAAGAAGGAGUUGGUGAAAUUACACGGCAGAAUAAACGUCAAAACGAUGCUCUGCAAAUACCUCAACAACGGUACCAAAAACGUAAUUAGCAUUGAUCUGGGAGCCGAGAAGACCUCCGCUGAUCUGCCGCCUCUGAAAUCGUCGCUCGGCUUGACCACUCACUUGUCGGUGAACAUCAAACUAGAACUGAUAGCCGGGAGCUUCAAUAAACUAUUCUUUAACGUGCUUUCGGAAACUCACAAACUGUGUCGCGCUUUUUCGCUUAACAUGAAAGGUCUUGAGGAAGCGAAGUUCGUGCUGGCUGCUUGUCACAGAUUUUUUUUGAAUAGAGUGAUCAGCAGCAAAGAAAGCCUGUGCUACAACGUAAACGUUAUUCACUCGGCUAAAGGCCUGUUGUCAGCGGUUUUGGUAUUCGAUAGCCAGGAACGGCUGAUCGCUUCGUCUCAUCUCCUCGGACCAGGUUCAAUUCCAACGAAGAGCCAGCUGGAAGAGCAUUUGCAAUUUUUCCCUCAUCUGUCAUCGCCGGACGAAAGAGCGAUGGUGGUCAGCAAUCGGGAUGGCGACUUUGCCGUUUUCAAGGCAAAAUGGGUCAACAUUCCAUACAGAGACGACAAAGAUGAAAAGUAUCGUUCUCAUGGGCAUCUGCUCAUCGACGCGUUGAACCUGAUGAAAAAUACCACGCAAAAAUUUGAAAUUCCCGGAGCCGAUGACCUGAAAAUCAAAAUAUUUGGAGGUAUGACAAGGAAACACGAGUCAUGCUUUUUCCGUUGCUUGAAAAAAGGCAACAGUUUUAAGAGUUAA